AGCACAGAGAGACUCUGUGAGGAUGAGCAGGUGAGGAGGGCAGCAGUGGAGAUGACGGGGCAGAGCAAUGUGGACAUACCUGAAGCAGGAGCCAUCUUCACAUUUGGAAAGAGCAGUUUUGCUGACAAUGUGCCUAGUAAAUUCUGGCUGAAGAAUGACCAGCCAGUGCACCUAUCUUGUGGCGGAGAGCACACUGCUGUCAUCACAGAAAAUGGCAGGCUGCUCAUGUUUGGUGGUAAUACUUGGGGACAACUGGGGCUUGGAUUUAAGCCUGCUGCCAGCAAACCUGCCUCUGUGAAAGCCUUAAAGUCUGAGAAGGUGAAGCUUGUAGCUUGUGGGAGAGAUCACACAAUUGUCUGCACAUGGCGAGGUAGUGUGUAUGGUACCGGUAGUAACCAAGAGGGGCAGCUCGGUUUGGGCCACUGCAACAACACUACAUCCUUUCACCUGCUGAGGCCCUUCUGUGACGAUACACCAAUCAAAAUGCUCUCUGCGGGAUGCAACACCUCAGCUGCCUUAACAGAGGACGGGAGGCUGUUCAUGUGGGGAGACAACUCUGUGGGUCAGAUUGGUUUAGGAGAUGAGGGAUUUGCAGCAGAACCCAGAGAGGUGAAUGUUGGGGAAGCGGUGAUGUGGGUCUCCUGUGGGAACCAUCACUCAGCUUUUGUCACAGUGGGUGGAGAUCUCUACACGUUUGGUGAGGGUGCGAACGGAAGGCUUGGUCUCCAGGUGGAGCAGCUGGCCAAUCACAGAGUCCCUCAGCGGGUGCAAGGGAUGCUGGGUUGUGUCACCCAGGUGUCCUGUGGAGGGGAACACACUGUGGCACUCACAGAGGAAAGUGUGUACACGUUUGGCCGCGGUCAGUACGGUCAGCUCGGCCACGGGACGUUUCUAUUUGAAUCUGAUUUGCCAAAGUCUCUGGAGCACUUUAGUAACACUAGCAUCAAUCAUGUCGCCUGUGGAAGGAACCACACCGCUGUGAUCACAAACAGCGGGCUUCUCUACACGUUUGGGGAUGGUCGUCAUGGAAAACUGGGGUUAGGGGAGGAGAACUUCAGCAACCAGUUCAGCCCAACACUCUGCACACGUUUUCUCAAGUACAAUGUUCAGUUAGUGUCCUGCGGUGGUAACCACAUGCUGGUACUGGCUGCACCCAGACCACCAGGGAGCCAAGAAGUGGUGCCAAAGAAGGAAGUCACAAUCACAGAGAACGUUUUGGAGUCAGGUUACACAGAAAUCCUCCUGCUGGACACUUUGAUCGAUCCUAACCCACUAGUCCCGCUCUCGGCCCUCUUGGCUCGAGCCCGCCACAGAGAAAAACAAAGCUCUGUGGAACUGUUUGGGGAGAUGUUUCAGAACCUCCCACGUCUAAAUUCUGGCUUCCUCGACACGUCCUGGCAAACAUCCAGAAAUAUCCCAACCCCUAAAACGCUUUCAAAGGACAUUACAACCCCUUCAUCAUCCCCCAAACCACAAUCAGAAAUUACACCAAGCCCACCACUCUCCCCCAGAUCUCUGUCCAAGAGUCCAGUGUCAUCCUCUAAGCCAUCAAGCCCACAUUUUCAGUCAUCAAACGUGUUUCAGAAUAAAUCCUCUUCCGCUGCUUCCUCUAAGUCUAAAUCCAAAGAGUUGCCUUCUCCCUUACUGUCACCAAAGUCUGUAACUAAACGUAGCCCUCACAUCCCAGUGUUUCCUAAAAAGACUGAAAAAAAAAGACUGUACAGAUUGGCAACCGCUAAAAAGGCCUUAAUUGAAAAACUGCCAUCUCCUCUACCACCUAACGAACCCUGUAGCCCAACAAGACCCUCCAGUGAUAUUUCCAUUAAACAUCUCAGCGAGGAGAAGCACCCUGCCUCAUCACAAACAGAGGGAGAAACUGCUCAGGGACAAAUUGUCAUAGAAGAUGUGGAGGAGAACAUCUCUGAAGAAGGAGUCGACUCUGACUUUUUGCCAAAUAUGGAAAAGAAGAAGGGCCGAGCUCUUAGAAGAACUACGAAAGAGACAGAGGCGUUUGCCAAAAAGCUCCAAGCCAAUGGAAAGGCAGAACAAAAUUCUCACAAAGCCUUACCCACAGAGCUCCUGAAAGGCUCCAGCUCCUUAACGAAAGAAGUGUCUCAACUAAAGAGCCCAAAGAGUCCCCAAAAACAAAACCCCAAAGUCACAUCUAAAGGCAAAGAGAACAUUACCAAGCAGUCCAAGGAGAUCAAAACUUGUGAAGAUACACAAGCUCAAAAAGAACCCUCACAUUUUAAAUCACCAAAACGUGAAAAGAGCAAACUAUCAGAAUCAACCCCAAAAACUUCACAAUCUGUCCAGAAAACACUGACCGAAGCAUCGCAGAGAAUGACUGAAGUAAAAGAAAAUACCAGGAGACAUAGAAAUGUGAAAAGUAAUAUAAACCAAGAGGAUAUUGAAGCCAGCACUUUAAAGACAGACUUGAUAAGGAAACCAAAAAAGGAGAAGAAUUUAUCAUCAGCUUUGGACAAGACUCCUCCUGUUAUUAAGAUCUCUAAAGGAAAUGAAUUAACCAGCAUAUCUGUCCAAAGUGAAAAUUCAACAUCUGUAGAACACGCUGCAAAAGAAGAUGCAGAAACCACUGACGUCAAACCUGUUGAAGUGGAGAGCCAAGGGGAGACUCCAUCAAAAGAUUUGCACAAGGUCAAAUCUGUACGGGGCAAAGGUCAAAGUAAAGCACUAGAUGUAAAAUCACUACCAGUGAAAAAAGAAACUACACCCGCUCAGCUUGAUACUAAGAAAUCUACACCUGUGAAAGUUAAAGGGAAACCACACCACAAAUCCACAACAGUCAAAAAUCUAAGUAAAAGCAAAGAAAAUACUCCAGUUAAAAGUAAAAGCAAAGGAAAACUUGUGGAAAAUGAGUUAAACAUUGCCAAGAACACAGCUCAAAGAGUGAAGGGUAGAGCUACAGAUAAGCCAAAGAUACCUGAUGUUGACAGCUCUAACGUGAAGGACAAAAAGAACGCAAAAGAAUCUAAACUGAAAGUGAAAACAAAGCCAAGGAAAGAUGAAAGAGGGGAAAUCAGAGUUGAAGGAGAAGAUGAUUUAAACUCUAAAGAUAAGGAGAGUGCCAAGCAGAGGAGUAAGCAGACUGAAGCUUCUAGCCCGCUGUUAUCAAAACAAGAUGCACCUAUUGAAAUGGCGUGUAACUCCAUUUCCUCACAAAGCCCAAAAAGAACAGAGGUGGUUUCCAAAUCCAUGCAUGGCCCCGAACCUAUUCAUAGGGAUUUGCUUGUUUCUGAUACAAACAGAGAGGAUUUUCCGGGCCUGGCAGGAGAAAAGCCUAGGUGGGGGGAAAUUCUCAGUACCGCGGCCACUCUUGUUCCUGCUGUUGGGAUAGCAGGUGCAGCUAUGGAGGUCCUUAGUGAGGCAGUGACAAACAGCAAACUAUCAGAAUCAACCCCAAAAACUUCACAAUCUGUCCAGAAAACACUGACCGAAGCAUCGCAGAGAAUGACUGAAGUAAAAGAAAAUACCAGGAGACAUAGAAAUGUGAAAAGUAAUAUAAACCAAGAGGAUAUUGAAGCCAGCACUUUAAAGACAGACUUGAUAAGGAAACCAAAAAAGGAGAAGAAUUUAUCAUCAGCUUUGGACAAGACUCCUCCUGUUAUUAAGAUCUCUAAAGGAAAUGAAUUAACCAGCAUAUCUGUCCAAAGUGAAAAUUCAACAUCUGUAGAACACGCUGCAAAAGAAGAUGCAGAAACCACUGACGUCAAACCUGUUGAAGUGGAGAGCCAAGGGGAGACUCCAUCAAAAGAUUUGCACAAGGUCAAAUCUGUACGGGGCAAAGGUCAAAGUAAAGCACUAGAUGUAAAAUCACUACCAGUGAAAAAAGAAACUACACCCGCUCAGCUUGAUACUAAGAAAUCUACACCUGUGAAAGUUAAAGGGAAACCACACCACAAAUCCACAACAGUCAAAAAUCUAAGUAAAAGCAAAGAAAAUACUCCAGUUAAAAGUAAAAGCAAAGGAAAACUUGUGGAAAAUGAGUUAAACAUUGCCAAGAACACAGCUCAAAGAGUGAAGGGUAGAGCUACAGAUAAGCCAAAGAUACCUGAUGUUGACAGCUCUAACGUGAAGGACAAAAAGAACGCAAAAGAAUCUAAACUGAAAGUGAAAACAAAGCCAAGGAAAGAUGAAAGAGGGGAAAUCAGAGUUGAAGGAGAAGAUGAUUUAAACUCUAAAGAUAAGGAGAGUGCCAAGCAGAGGAGUAAGCAGACUGAAGCUUCUAGCCCGCUGUUAUCAAAACAAGAUGCACCUAUUGAAAUGGCGUGUAACUCCAUUUCCUCACAAAGCCCAAAAAGAACAGAGGUGGUUUCCAAAUCCAUGCAUGGCCCCGAACCUAUUCAUAGGGAUUUGCUUGUUUCUGAUACAAACAGAGAGGAUUUUCCGGGCCUGGCAGGAGAAAAGCCUAGGUGGGGGGAAAUUCUCAGUACCGCGGCCACUCUUGUUCCUGCUGUUGGGAUAGCAGGUGCAGCUAUGGAGGUCCUUAGUGAGGCAGUGACAAACGUUGGGGCUUUCCAGUCUGACAGUGACACAGUCGCCUCUACACCACCUAAAACACCAAGUCGAGGGAAGCAAUUCAAAAAGCAGAGUGCAAUUAUGCAACCUUCCUUUACCUCAACAUUGUCACAUUUUUCUUCAACAGAAGCAUUAAGUCCACCAGAAGAAAGAAAAGAUGUUCAGGUUAGUGUCCGAUCAGAGUCAGGGAACACAGUUCAAGAAGAAGAAAGUAAAGAUACCACUCAUGAUGGGUCACAAGAGGGGGCGGUGAUCAGUGACAUGUCCGAUCAGAUUGGGGGUGAAGACGUUUCACAAACAGAGGGGAAGAACAGUAGCACGGAUAUAGAAACGUCCGAGCAAGAAGAUGAGAAAACCUACAAGCCUUCAGAAGAAGACGAGGAUAAUGAGGGAGGAACAACAGGUGCUGAGGAUGAGGAAAAGGAGGAAGAUGAAGAGGGAGAGAGUGGGAGCGAUGUGGAAGACGAAGAAGAAGAGCAUGAGGAGGGAAGUGAAAGUAGCGAUGACAUAGAAGAGGAAAAGGAGAGUGUUUCUGGAGAGGGUGAGGAAGAGCAAGAUAAUGAGACUGCAGAGGGAGAUGGUGAGGAGGAAACAGACUCUAGCAGUGAGGAAGAAAGUGAGAAGAGUGAUGUUACAGAGCCUGAAGAGGAAGAAGAAGAAAGCAGCGAGGAAGCAGGUGAAGGAGGGAGCGACUCUGAGGUAAGUGAAGAAGCAGAGGAGGAAAGUGAAAGUGAAGACUCUAGUGAAGAAGAGAACAAAGAAGAAGAGGAAGAAAGUGAGGAUGAAGAAAAUGAAAGUAAUGAAGCAUCGGGGAGCAGCGUGAGCAAAGAGGAGGAGGAAGAGGACAGAGAGGGAAGUGAGACUGCAGCAUCUGAUUCUGAAGAAGACAACGAAGAAGAAGAAAAUGAGGUUGACACAGAUGAAGAGGGUGAAACUGAGGAACAAAAAGACGACCAAGAUUCCACUGAAAGUGAGGAUGAGGAGAAAGAAGACGAAGAAACAGGUGGGAGUGAAGGAGAGGAAGAUGAGAAACAGGAUGGAGAAAGCGUUGAAAAUGAGGAGGAGGAAGAGGAAGGCAGCGAGGUUGAUGAAGAGGAGGAAGAGCAAGAUGAAAAGAGUGAUAAAGAAAAUGAGGAGGAAGAAGAGGGUGAGGAAGAUGAGGAAGAUUUAGAUGAUGCUGAAGCUGAGGACGAGACUUCAGAGGAGGAGGAAGAGAGUAAGGAGGAGGAAGAAGAGGGUGAGGAAGAAGGAUCUUUAGAUGAAGGGGAAGCGGAGGAUGAGACUGCAGAGGAGGAAGAAGAGGGUGAGGAGGAGGAAGAAGAGGGUGAGGAGGAGGAAGAAGAGGGUGAGGAGGAAGAGAGUAAGAAAGAGGUUACAGAUGAAGAGGAAGAAGAGGGUGAGGAAGAAGGAUCUUUAGAUGAGGGGGAAGCUGAGGAUGAGACUACAGAGGAUGAAGAAAAACAUGACGAGGAGGAAGUGGAUGAGGGAGGAGUUGAGGAAGGGACUGCAGAGGAGGAAGAAGAGGGUGAGGAGGAGGGUGAAGAGAGUAAGAAAGGGAUUACAGAGGAGGAGGAAGAGGAAGGUGAGGAAGAUGUAUCUUUAGAUGAGGGGGAAGCUGAGGAGGAAGAAAAAAAUCAAGAGGAAGAAGAGGAUGAGGGAGGAGUUGAGAAAGAGACUGCAGCGGAGGAAGAAGAAGACAGUGAGGAAGGUGCUACAGAAGAGGAAGGAGAAGAGGAAGAGGAACUGAGUGAAGGUGAGGACAAGGAAGAAAUAAAGAGAAAAGAGAAAAGUAGGGAGGCUAAAAAAAAGGCGAUGGUAGAGAGCGAUGAGGAGGAGGAGGAAGAGGGUGAGGAAGAAGAAGAGGAAGAUGAGAAGGAAACAAAGAUUAAACUAAAAACAGAGCCAAGACUCAAAAAUCAGAGAGAAAAAACAAAACAGGAACAAACUGAAGGAAAGAAAGCUAAUGAUUCUGAAGAAGAUCUAGGUGCAGAGAGUGAGGAAGAGGCUGGCGAAGAAGGAGAAGAGAAGGAGGGAGAAGAGGAUGAGAAUGAGGAAGAGGCUUAUGAAGAAGGAGAAGAGGAGAGAGAAGAAGAAGAGGAGGAGCAGGAAGAAGAAGAGGAAAAGGUAAAAUCAACAAAUCCAAAAAAAGUGGACACACAGAAGUUGCCUCAUGAAGUUGCUCCUUCAGACAGAAAAGAAAAGAGACAGACACCCAAACCGGCGCCGAGGACAAAGCAGAGGGCUGCAGGGGAGAAGAAACCGGACGGCCCUCAGCAGUUCUGGAACGAUGUACUGCCACAAUACCUCGACCUGCAGUGAAUCAAAUAGUGUUUAAAAAAGAAAGGACACAGACAGCAGCAACAGCAAUCAGCUGCCAACGUGUCGGCUAAAAGUAUAUUUUUCUUGUUGUAUA